CAGGGAAUGCCAGUUAUAUUGCUUAAAUAAAAUACCAGUUACUUGACGUUUGCAUAAUUAGCUCAGAGACAAUGUUACACUAGGGCAAAACUUAAUUAAAAUAUCACUUGUUGAAUCUUUAUAAUAACUGUGUCAGCCAAAUGUGAACUGAAAUAAAAUGGGCAAAAUCUUCCAAGCAUUCACGAAGAUAUCUGCAUUCAGGAGUAAUUAACGACGUAUUUCAUUUAGUGCAAGAAAACCUGCAAUUCGAGCUCUGUGCUCACUCAACGUUAUCCCUGGAUUUGAAAGCAGUCCAGCAGGAAGGGCGGCUCGUUUCAGGUCUUCGGUUUCUUUUUCAGUAACUGGAUAGGGUUUGAAUAAACGAUUCCCUUUUUUGUCAUUUCCAAAUGUAACAGUAGGGGCCGCAGGUGUAAGGCGGUACACCUUUCCAUUCACUCCAGCGCGCGUUACUCGCAGGAGAGACUAGCUGAGCAGCAACAGCAGCCGCCCAGCAGCAGCAGCAGCACUCCAGAGCAGCCGCCCAGCAGCAGCAGGCAGGCAGCGGCAUCCCGGCCAUCUGUCUCUCCUCCUUCAAAGGCAGACAGACCCCGACCAGCUGUGUAAAAUGGCGGCUACUCCACAGCUCCAGCACACCUCCCUAGAUACUUUAACUCCGCGAAAUAACUCUUUGACAGCUUCGCACUGGACGCAGAGCCAGCAGAUACAGGGAUCGGAGCACGGAGGUCCAGCUGUACGAGUUUUGCCGGAAGUGGACCAAGAGGAGAAAUGUAGGAGGCUGCAGAAAACUCUGAGGGAACUGAGCAACAGGAGGAAAAUAUUAAUCCGGAACCUGCCGCAUGACUGUAGCAGCCAGGAAGUUCAUGAAUUGUUCAAAGAUUAUGAGCUGAAGUACUGCUUUGUGGACAGAAACAAAAGGACUGCAUUCGUCACCCUGUUGAAUGGGGAACAAGCACAGGAUGCUAUUCAGAAGUUCCAUCAGUUUGUUGUACGCGGAAAAGAAAUUACAGUCCAGAUGCAGCCAACAGAUGCCCUGUUAUGUAUUGCAAAUUUACCCACCUCCUAUACGCUGAAGCAGUUUGAAGACCUGGUACGGGUUUAUGGCAGCAUUGAGAGGUGUUUUCUUAUUUUCAGUGAAGUCACAGGACACUCCAAGGGCUAUGGAUUUGUGGAGUACAUGAAGAAAGAUUCAGCUGCUAAGGCUAGAAUGGAACUCCUAGGCAAACAACUGGAAGAGUGCCAGCUGUAUGCACAGUGGGCAGAUAUCAAUCAGUUAACCGCUGAUCGAAUUCAUUCCAAGUGCCUUUGUAUCGACAAGCUUCCCAAGGACUAUACUGAUUCAGAAGAGCUAACACAUAUAUUCUCCAGUAUGUACAAACCUGUCUUUUGUCAGCUUGCUCAGGAAGAAGACAGCCAUGCUGGUGGUUUUGCUGUUAUUGAAUAUGAAACAGCAGAACAGGCAGAAGCGGUACAGCAGUUUUCUGAUGGGAUUACAGUGGGAGGAGCUCAAGUUUGCGUGUCAUUCUGUGUUCCAGGGUCACCAGGACGUAGCACAUUAGCAGCGCUUAUUGCUGCGCAAGCAGUGAUGCCGAACAGCAGGAAGGGUUUACUUCCAGAGCCCAAUUCUCUACAAAUUCUGAAUAAUUUGAGCAACCCAGCUGCAUUACAAAUCUUGCUCCAACCCUACUUCCAUGGAAAACAGGGCCUCUUUGGAGCAUCCCCAGUGGUACCUCUUCACAUGAAUCCAUCACUCACUGACGCACUUCUACAGGUCAAUAAAGUUCAAAGGCAGAACUCUCUGCUGGGAAGUGCCCUCUUACAGAACCUCUUACAUAUACAGCUUGCCCGACAGCAGCUAUUGAAGAUCAAGAGUAACAGAGGCAGUAAGUGCAAGCCUAGCUUGCUUGGAGAGCCACCAGUAGUGCUGUUUCAGAAGGCAUUAGGCAUCAGAGUGGCAUCGAACUUGAACACUGCGAAGAUAUUUCUCAGUGACACACCAAAAGUUCCAGGGCUGCCUGUUGAUUCAAAUCUGGCCUUAGCUCCAGUGGCCACAGCUCCAGUAGGUAUCAUGCCUUUUCUUCCAAGUCACCUGCUCUUAGGACAGCCUUUGGCAACAGAGCACAAUUCUGCAUUAGAAAAACAAUCAGUGACUACAGGACCACCUGCAUCAGCCAUAUCAGUAAUAAGGACACAUUAUCAGAGCUUUACGAAUCCUGUUGUUGGAGCCAUAGUGAAUGGAGAUCCGAAGCAACACAGCCAGCUAAAAAGCAUAGAGACUGAACCUAUUUCAGGGGUUUUAGCAAAAUCUCAGACAUCAUUACUCGGUGAACCACCAAAAGAUAUCAGAAUACCUACAAAUCCAUAUCUGAACUUGGCCAGUGUUCUACCUAGCAUUUGCUUACAAGGUACUAAUGCGGGGAAGACCACAACAGUUCAGCAUCAAGCAGCGAUGCUAGGAAGUGCACCAGAUCCUGUGGUCACUCUGAUGCCUGCCCCUCUGUAUGCAUUAGAUAGUUAUGCAUGCUAUCCUAACCAGUAUGCAGAAUACACACAGGAUGCAGUUCAGCACUGGUACCAGCAAUAUGCACACAUGUCCACUUCCUGUGAGUCAGCAGAUGGAGAAUAUAAAACUACACAUCCUGAGGGACUCAAUUUUGCACAGACAGCCCUUCCUCUUCCCCCUCCUCCUCCUCCUCCACCACCACCACCACCUCCUCCUCCUGGUGAGGCUUAUUAUAACCAAACAUCUGCUGUCACAGCCUACAGAGACUAUAACACUUAUAUACAAGCAUUUUCUUCAUGUUAUACUGGUAUCCCAGCAUCAUACCAGACUGGAAGUUCUCAGUCAAGUCUCCAACAGAAUGCAUCAAGUAAGGAGGCAGAAGCUACAAAAUAUCCACCCAUUACUACAACUCAGAAUUUGACACCACUGAACUCAAGAAAUUGCACUGCUAACUCUAUAACCAGUCCUGCUUCCAUACUCCCCGGCUUUGUUGGUGGGCAAACGUUAGCACCUACUCCAGUUGUUACAUUGCCAUCCAUGAGUACUGCUGCGGACUGGAGUCAUUAUUAUAGUGAGGCAGAAGCUACAAAAUAUCCACCCAUUACUACAACUCAGAAUUUGACACCACUGAACUCAAGAAAUUGCACUGCUAAUUCUAUAACCAGUCCUGCUUCCAUACUCCCUGGCUUUGUUGGUGGACAAACGUUAGCACCUACUCCAGUUGUUACAUUGCCAUCCAUGAGUACUGCUGCGGACUGGAGUCAUUACUAUAGUGUUACCUCAGCUGGUAAUACAGCCCUUCCAGCAAGCUUACCUUCAGGAACAGGAAUUCUCGGGCAAACCUCUGCUACAAAUGCAGUUCCUGGUUUCUUAAAGGUCACAGAAAACCCGCUAACAAUGGAACAUCCUCAGCCUGCCCCUGCAUUACCUUCAGGACACCGACUAAAUAAUACACAAGUUCGGAGCCAGAAACGUGGGUCUUCAUACCUGCUGCCCACCACAGAAGCCAGUCUUGAUGUAGGAUACACUAGCCAGCAUACUCAGGGACAUGGGGGUCAUUAUACAGAUUCAUAUGUCAAAAAGAAGAGGUUUCUUUGAGAUUUGUAUUGUUCCUCCAUCACGUCCUGUACUCUGAUUGUACCUAAGCUGCUGCUGCCAUUUUGUAAUGCCUUAAUUUAUUUUGUUCUGUCUGUCACACUUGUCCUGUAUCCUGUGUUGAGUACCAUUUAAAAAAAAAAAAAAAACAUAUAUAUAUAUAUAUAUAUAUAUAUGUACAUAUAUUUAAACUGCCACUCAGAGCAGUUCACUAGUUUACAGUAAAUUACUGUUUGUUUGUUUUUUUGUUUGUUUGUUUUUUUCAUCAGGUAUUUAAAAAAACUGUAAACUAAGAAAGAACUGAUUACUGAAAUUAUGAAUUAUUUGAAAUGUUUGUCCCAAACAAUUAAAAUCCCUGCAAUAAUAAAACAUAUUCAAUAAUUUGGUAAUAAAAGGAUGAAUGUAAGUUGUAGGCUUUUAAUGAGAAAAAUCAGGCCUGGAUUUUCUCAUUGAAUUUGAUGUUGCACUUUGAAUUUUAGUACUUCCUUAUCAAAGUCUUAUAUUACCUCCUCAGGCUAAUUGUUUUUAUAUUGAACCUUUAUGUCUAUUGUAUGAUAUUGAAGUUUAUAUAUUGAUGUGGGUGGGCGGGUGUGUGUGUGUGUGUGUGUUUGACUAACUCUAGACUGCACUGGACACAUGGAGUAUUAAGUAUACUCAAAGACUGAACCAUGAUGGGAUUUUAGAAGCAUCUAACAUCAUGGGUAUCUGUAUAGUUACUUUGUAAACAGCCACCAGUUUGGUUAACUUUAUAUUUGGUAGUAAAUAUUCUUACAUGUUAUAGUUUGUGAUUAUUAUAGAUAAUACACACUUACUUUAAAGAGACAUCCCUUUGCUGUACAUAGAUAUUCCUAGAUCAUUGCAGUGCUCUUUAGUAAGCUGCAUGAGUAAGCUCUGAGAAACUCAGAAUACAUUUUUACAGUCUGGUUGUAAAAAGUUAAAAAAGAAAAGAAAUGGACAUAAGUACAAAUACAGUGAACUAUGUAUAAAACAUGGACCAGUCACAGGGCAUUUUUUUUCUUAACUGUUGCAGUGCUUAAAACAUCCAACUAUAUAUGAAGUUUACACCUUCACUUUAAUUUGUAAAGUCAGCAAAUGUUUAAUUAUUUGUUGACUAGAUUUAUAACAGAGAUGGAAUACUUGCAGAGUCAGUAUUUGUUAAUCUGCUGCAACUUACAAAAGUGUAGAUUGCUGAUUUCUUGUAUGAUGCAUCUGUUUCAUUUAUUUGUCUUAAUAAAUUUAGUAUUAUUUUCUCUUUCCUCA